CGUGUAGUUAAGUGUGGAGAUAAAAAGGAUUGUCCAACUCCUUCUUCACAUUGUAAGGAUCAUGAUCAUAAUGUGAAUGAAAUUCAUGUCUUGGAGCCUAGUAUUGGUACGGGGAAAGAGUAUGAUUGUUGCUGGCGUAGAAAGCUUAGGUCUGUCGUUGAUGAACGUGAAUUAUCUUUUCGUUCCUCUGGUGUUUCAUCAACCAAGAUGGUUUUUUGUGGAUUAAGUCCUUCAAUUAAUGAGUCAAAGAUUGUGAAACGUGAAAUCUCUUCAAUGGACAAUAGUCCAUUUGUUUUGAAGGAAUUGCGUGCUUUGUUUUAA